UUUAAAUAACCAUCCUUAUAGGGCUUGACUCUCCAUCUCUGUUCACAGCUCUUUCUGUCUCCUUCCAUCUGUCUCUCCUUUUCUGUCUCUGCCUCUCUUGCUUUCUCGCUUUCUCUGCAGCUUUGUUCAGCUCGAGCUUUCUCCUGCACUGCAAGCAAGGCUGAAUCUCCUACAUCUCAGCGAGAGCCCAAACUUUUAACGGUGCGUUUGAACAUCUCAGAGGGAGAAAAUCCAGCCGAGCAGCCACCAUGGAGGCCAUCAAGAAGAAGAUGCAAAUGCUGAAACUGGAUAAGGAGAAUGCCAUCGACCGGGCCGAGCAGGCAGAGACAGACAAGAAGGCGGCAGAGGACAAAUGCAAGCAGCUGGAGGAGGAGUUACUGGAUCUGCAGAAGAAGAUGAAGCAGACGGAGGAUGAACUGGACAAAUUCUCUGAGGGCCUGAAAGAUGCUCAGGAGAAACUGGAACUGUCUGAGAAGAAAGCUGCAGAUGCAGAGGGUGAGGUAGCAGCUCUUAACCGUAGGAUCCAGCUGGUGGAGGAGGAGCUGGACCGUGCCCAGGAGAGACUGGCCACAGCGCUGCAGAAACUGGAGGAGGCAGAGAAGGCUGCAGAUGAAAGCGAGAGAGGAAUGAAGGUGAUUGAGAACCGAGCGAUGAAGGAUGAGGAGAAGAUGGAGAUUCAGGAGAUGCAGCUGAAGGAGGCCAAACACAUCGCAGAGGAGGCCGACCGCAAAUACGAGGAGGUGGCUCGUAAACUGGUGAUCUUGGAGGGCGAGCUGGAGAGAGCUGAGGAGAGGGCCGAGCUCUCAGAAUGUAAAGCCAGUGACCUAGAGGAGGAGCUGAAAAAUGUGACCAACAACCUGAAGUCCUUAGAAGCCCAGUCUGAGAAGUACUCAGAAAAAGAAGACAAGUACGAAGAGGAGAUCAAAGUUCUGACUGACAAACUGAAGGAGGCUGAAACCCGUGCAGAGUUUGCCGAGAGGACAGUUGCCAAACUGGAAAAGAGCAUCGAUGACCUGGAAGAUGAAUUGUAUGCUCAGAAGCUGAAGUACAAGGCCAUUAGCGAGGAGCUGGACCAUGCCCUCAAUGACAUGACAUCUCUGUAGAGACAUGUUUCGCUCUUUCUCUCUGUCUGCUGUGCCUCUAAAUGUUCAUCUCCUCUGAUCGUAUGUGCCUCUGCUGAUCUUACUCUGCAAAACAUAAUUCAUUAAAGCUCGUUUUCUUUCCUAGUUUGCAGCUUUUGUCUGUUGUUUUUUGUUUGUUUGUUGCCAGUGUGUAAGGAAAUUAUGAACUGUUUGAUGCAAAGUCUCAGCUAACUAUAUAGGUUAUUAUGAUUUUCUUAUUAGGUUAUUAACAGUGUAUUUUAUGAUUAGUUGUUACUCUACGCGUUCAUCUGAAUAUCAGUUUUACAAAGGUGAGCAUUUCUGGUUUUAGUGUGGAUUAAUAGUUUGCAGUCACCUGGGUUUUAAUCUACACGCUUUGGUGGUUUCUGAUUUGUAUGUCCAUAAAGUAUGCAUAGAUCUUAAUGCCAUUUCCACAAGGUGGGAUAUACGAAUGACUUCACUGUGCAGCAAACGAGUCCUUUAAAAAGUCCAUCCUGUAUGAUCCCACUAACAGUCUUCCAGCAGUUUAUGCAUGAAAGGUACUCUGUAGUGGUUGAUUUUUAUUUUUUGCAUGUGGCACAACUUAACCAAACCAGUUAUGCAAAACAUCUGCCCAGUAACACCGACCUUUGUGCAGUCUUUAAAAAAAGGGGUGCUGUGUGACAAACCUCACGAAGAGAUUACAGUGGCAUGAAAUGAGCGAGCACUGCUAACUGGUGAUUGAGGGUUCACCGUGUCAUAUUUCUUCUUCUUCU